CAUAUCUGACGGCAGUAAUGUCUCCAUUGUGAUACUUUAGUGACGAGGCGCAGAACAAUUCCUCCUACAGGCUGAAGCAGUAUAUUACAUACUUAAGAAAGUGGAUUAUAACAGCUGGUUUGUUUACAUACAGGACCUCUAGUGUGUACAAGAGCCCUAAUAUCCUGACUUCACCUGAGAUUGCAACCAUUUUCAAGAUAAGAACAGAAAGUAAAUACUGCUACAGAUCUACACCGGCUGUAAUUUAUUCUGGGCAAUAUCAACAGGUAUUGUCUUCAACAAGGUGCUUUACUUGACAUAAACAGCACAGACAUUGAGCAAUGAGUGUCCCGAAGACUGGCAUAAAGAGUGUUGGGUUCUAUAACGUAAUGGCGACAUACACAGCCGCACCAAACUACACAAGUUCCAUGGAUUCUUAUCGACCUACGAAUCAGUCUGGAGCGAUAAAUACUUCUUCAUCUCCUGCGCAAAGACAGGAUUCUGCGGAUUCUAACUCUCCGAGAGGUCAUGUCAGCUUCACUAAGCCAAAUCGAGAAGAAGAAAAGGAUAAACGACAGAAGUAUUUGACAGCGCGCUAUGGACAACACCAAAUGAUGUUGAUUCGUAAACGAUUAGCGGUCGAAGAUUGGUUAUAUGAACAACUAAGGGAACUUUAUGAUUGUGAGGAUGAUUCAGACGACCAUAACUGCAACCUUGAUAUGGAUGAUGUAUUAAAUUGUGACACAGAAGCUGAAAUCCGAGAAUAUGCAUCUAAAGAAUUAGCUGAAGCCAAGAAAGCACCUGAAGUUUUAAAGAAAUUUAUAGAUGAUCUUGUUGAAAAAGCAAAGACUUUGUAAUAGUUAUCGGUUGUCUGGACAACAACCACCAUCUUCAUCCCAUGGUCAGAUCACAUGACAUGUGAGGAGUACGAGAGCUGCUGAUUGGUCGGUUGGGUUGGGUUGUGUUUGCAUGGAAGAAGUUGAUAAGAGAAUCAUCAUUUUCAUACAUUUUCAUUUCAUGAUCAGUUGAUUUCUUUCAACUCCAUUUCAUACAACUUAUUCCGCAUAGAUCAUUGAAUGUUUUGAAAGAGAUCAUUUGAUGUUGGUUUUAAGAUAAAACUGUUGUUUAAAGCAGGCUGUGGUCCUAACUGAAUAAACUUACCCCAUACAAAAAGAUUCUCAACAUACGUUAUUAACUCAUUCAUCCCUGAAAUUUCAUAAUGAACUUUUCCAACCUUUGAAUUGGAAGAGUUCAAAUGUGUCUUA